CACACACACACACGCAGUCCAUACACACAGUCACUCACACUCACCCAAGCAGUCCAGUCAUCACCUCUCAGUUUUGUUCCUCCUCUUCUCAAGAUGUUGGUUCCUACCUUAACUGGAAGAGUGGCGCUUGUAACAGGUGGUGGGAGCGGCAUUGGUCGAGCUAUCUGUCAGGUGUUGGCCCGAGAUGGUGCCGACGUGGUAGUGGCUGAUCUCAACCUUCAGUCUGCCAACGACACCGUCAGUAUGCUCCCAGGGCCCGGGAGCCAUCUGGCCCUGGCCCUGGACGUGAGAGACAAGACCUCCGUGGACUCUGUGUUGGCGACUAUCAUCAACAAGUACCAGCAGCCGCCCUCCCUGCUGGCCAACAACGCGGGAAUAUCGUCUCAAGGGGCGCCUCACAUACACAUGACAGAGGAAUUCUUCAUGAAUAUAGUAAACACAAAUCUGAAGGGGAUGUUCCUAGUGAGUCAAGCAGUGUGUAAGUCACUCUUGGAUCACGGGUCACCAGUUUGUGGUGCUGUGGUCAACAUGGGCAGCAUCAACAGUAAGACCGGCCUCGUUAACCACUGCCACUACACGGCGAGUAAGGCUGGCAUCGUCGCCCUCACGAAGUCCUCCGCUGCUGAACUUGCUAAGCAAGGUAUCCGUGUGAAUUGUGUGUUACCAGGGGCCAUCAAAACACCUCUGAAUGCCAACGCCUCACCUGGUUACUUAGAACCUCAGAUUGCCGCCACUCCCCUGGGCAGGAUGGGGGAACCUGAAGAGGUGGCAGAAGUGGUGGCGUUCUUGUUGUCAGAGAAGAGCAGCUACAUGGUGGGCUCGUGUGUGGAGGUGACUGGUGGGUUCUGUAUGUGAGGUGAACGUAGGAUGGGGGGGGGGUACAAAGGAUGAAAGUGGAAGGAAACUAAACAAUUCGAGUCAAAGAAAAAGAUGGGGUUAAGGAUAAGAAGGAAUGUGGAGUGAUAGAACAGAGACGAAGGCAAACUGCACUCAGAUAAAUGCCAAAAAGAAAAUGGUGUAAACUGGACACAUAUUGGCAACAAAUACAUUUACUCCCUCAAUGAAUUUGUUGAGGGUGAUCUUGUGUGCAAAUUCACCAACUGCACAGAUAAGACAUAUAAUAAUAAUAAUAAUAAUAAUUAACGGUUUAUUGAAAGAGCUUGGCAGCCAGAAGGCUGAAAA